UUGUGCAGAUCUUGAUCCUACCAGAACUGCCCGAUGAGGAAGAACACAAGUGGUUACUGGUUGAAAUGGGGAUGGACCUUCUUCUUCAAAUAGUUCAUCUGACCACAUCUUUCUUUCUGCUAUUAGGGGUUUACCAGGAAAAACGCAAACUCAUCCCACCGUGGUUGGUGACCACAGUUCUGUUGGCGGUAGCAGAGGUUUUAUUCAUGACGUCUACUAUUUCAAGUCGAUUCAUAGUAGAGACUCAAGAUUCAUACACUUCCUUUUCGUUGUUUCUCACAGUUUUAGACUUGAUGGAUGAGAUCUACGGAUUUUUGGUGGUCUACAGCUACUAUCGUACACUGCCUGUCAUGGACAGUAGCGUAGUGUGAGCACAAGCAAACAUAUCCAAUUAAAUAUUCCUACACUGCCAUCAAAAUUGCUGGAGAUAAGCUCUUCGAAACCUUCUAGUGAAAACUAAAACUAUCAUAAAAUUUCAAUUAAGCACAUAUAGCAUGGAACAACUGAAAUGCGAGGUUCCAAAAGUAAUUACUGGCUUCUACCUCUUUUUCUUUGGAAGAAAACAUGAAGAAAUUUAACAAUUAAUGCACUUACACCAUUAAACUAAACAGAUAGACUGACACGUAAUAAGAAAAGAAAUCACUAGAAACCAGUGUGUUACAUUUAAAAGCGAUACCAUCAUAAAGUCAUAAACUAGGCAUACCUGGAUGGUUUUAUAUUGGAUUUUCAAUUAGCCUUGUAUUACCUAACGUCGUUAAAAAUACUCGUUGUUCUUAAAGCUAUUUUAUGAGA